AGGAGCCGCAGUGGCAACGUGGCCUCAGCGAGGCCAGCACGGCGCCGUCCCCGCCGGGGUCCCCGCUCGGGGAGGGCGAGGCGGCUGGCCGCUGCCCUGGCGCCGACGGCGGGUGCACCGGCCCACGCCGUGAGGGAGGUGGCGGCGAGGGCCACAGGCUGGGCUGCAGCGCCGCCGUCGCCGGCCCCUCGGCCAGAGACCGCGAGGCGGAGAAGGCGCCGCGCGGAGAGUCGUGGGUGACGCCGGUGUUCCUGACCGUGGCCGCCGUACUGGCCCUGCUCUCGGCCGCCAGCAGCAUCGGGAGAUCCAGCUCCCGCCCGACGUCAGCGCCGCACUCCUCUGUUACGCGAUCCUGGUGAGCCUCCUCGGCCAGGCGCUGCAGAACUCCGCGCUCUCCUCCCUCGCAGGACGCUGGCGCUGCUGCCGUGCUACGCGUCCGCGGUGGCGGCGUUCCUCGCGGUGCAGGCCCCGGCGCACUGACGGACGCGCCCAGCGGGGAGGAGGAGGACGAGGAGGAGGAGGAGGAG